AUGUCAGACUCUAUUGAUAAGCAUUUACCUUAACAAAGCUCCUACAAGACACCUUAAGAAUUCUUAGACUAAGUAACUCUAACAGUUGAUACUGCAGAGAAAAUUUACAAGCAUGAAGAAAGUCAUUUGUACCCUACAAGUAGUGUGGAUGAUGAGUAUGUAAUCAUUGUGCUCAGGAUAAUGGAUGACAAACUCAGAGAGUUUUAUGGCGGCAACUUUCUCGUCCAGCAAUGGGUCAAAAAGAGAAAGCUCUUCCAAACUGUUCACAAAGCAAAACCAAACAGAUUCUUCUUGUACAAGCAAAGAUACGUCUACUCUUUGUCAGGUCACACUGAGGAAUGCCAAUGGAUCUACAUUGUAAACUUCUUCCAAGAAGUCUUCAAUAAGAUUAGACACCCCCUAUUCACAAAGAACAGCAUUGAUGGAUCUCAUGAACUUUAACUCUUCGCUGAUGCCAAGCUAAUGAUGGUAUCAUCUCAUGACAAGAUCAUGUGGGCCCCCUUUAAGUUUGAGGAGAGCAAAGAACCAAUCGCUGAAGAGGGCAAAGAUGAUUCAGGGGAUAAGCUUCCAAGAUCGGCCUCAGAUGAACACAGUAUGGAUCUUUCUCAAAAUGAUAUCUAUGUACCCAAGAAAAAGGCUAAGAAUGACGAAAAAGGCAAUUAAAACCUCAAGGCAAAAGUGCUCGAGACAAAUUUCAGAAGUGUCUUCUCUAAUCUCGAAGGAGAACAACCUGAGUUCUUGCAAUUCCUUGAUAUCGGCUUUGAAGGGUUCCAGUAAAAAGAAAUAAACUUAGUUUGUGAGUGUGAGACUAAGAUCGUCGUCUAUAAAAUUGUUCCAAUCAAGCUGAGAAAGUUCACUGUUUUCAAAAUCUAAGAAAAGUUCAAAUUUGACAAGAUGGCAAUCGGACUACAAUUUGGAGAAAUCAUUCACACAGUCAAGAUGGUAUAGAUUGGUGACAUUGAAAACAUCUAUUUACUAACUAAAGGUCAAGGUGAAUUGAUCCUAUUGACUGAAAAGAAUAUUGAAAUAGGAACAGAGUUGGGCAAAACUCUAGCUAAAUUAACUUUGAGAAACGUGAGAGAACUUGAAGAGAAAUUCCAGCCAAGGAAAAACAUUAUGAAGGGAGGUAAGGACGAAGAAGAUCCAGAUGAUCCUCUAUCAAGCAAGGAUAUUGUUAUCAAGCUGAAAUCCUACUUUGUAAGAAGAAGCAACAUCUAUCUCGAGGAGACUAAUGAUCAAAUCAGAUGUCUUGAGAGCUCCAUGUGUAAGCUUCAAAAGCCACUUAAGAAAGCUCAGAGAUUGCUCGAUGAUACCAAAGAAGGUAUCUAGCUAAAGGAGGUUUCAGUCCAUCUUGGCUUCUACUCUGAUUACUUGAUAGCUAGUACCGCUGUGCUUCUUUCUCACGGCAAAAUCCUUUCAAUCUUCGACUUCAAAACUUCCAAAUGGUCUCAUGUUCUUCCGGACUAACAAGGUGGUAGUACUGCUGCUGAAGAGGAUGAUGAUUUAGACAAGCGUCAAUGUUACUUUGGUGUGCCAGACGAAGAAAUCCAAAGUCUAAGAUUAAACAAUAUCUUUCAGAACUCUAUCUAUGAUUGCUUGGUGCUUUACAAAGGCAAAUAUCUAAGAAGACUUAAGUACUUUAACGAAGUGCAAAAGACCUGCUUUGAAAAGGCUAUAAUCUUUAAGGGAGACAAAGUCAAACAGAUUGUUAAAAACUACGAUAUGAGUCUCUACAGAGAAUGUGGUGACUCUCAAGCAAGGACUUACUUUAUGGUAUACAGCUCUCAGACCAAGAAACAUGAUAUCUGGGUCAGUGAAAAUGGAUCUAGAAUUACUAAACUUAUCAGAAAUAUUGAUUAGCAAUGGAUUAUCCUCAACCUCUAGAAUUCGCCCAGUGAUUUACUUGGUAUUUAUGAGCCUCAUCUCAAGAGACUGAGUUUCUAUAGAAUUGAACAUGCCAGACAAUGUUUAGACACUUCCGAGCUGUAAGCAUUCAUCAGCAUCAGAGUAGACAACUGGACACCAAAGGAAGAGACUUACCAACUAGUCAACGUUAGCUACUUCUUCUUCAAGAACACUCUCUACUACAUCCAAGAUGGUAAUCUCAUUAAGUACAAUCUAAAGAAGAAAACUCACGCUAUCACUGAGCUUAACUUCAAGAGUGCUAUCAAAGAAUUCUUCAUGACUGCCAGUGACUCUAUUUAUUACAAGGACAAAAACAACGUGUUCAGAUUCGCUAACCUAGGCAUCUAGAAAGUCUUUGAUAUUUCCAAACUUCCAACUAAGCUUUAUGACUGCAAGGGAGCGUUUGUGUAAAAGCUGGACUAUUGCAUGAUGACUAGCAGAUUCGCCUGCUUUACCUCGCCCUUCAAGGUCUCUAUCACUCCUAAUCUUAGCAAUUACUCUAUUGAUUUGAUGUCUACUCUUAACUUCGAAUAGAACUUUGUCUUCUGGAGAUAAAUUGGCAACAGACUCCACGCUUUCAAACAGCCCAAUAUAGUUGUAUCUUGGGACUUAGACAAUGGAAAAGUUUUAAAGAGCUAAGAAUUCAACAUUAACUUAAAAGGCUUUAAAAAGCAUACUGACUGGAACGGCUCUACUCUAUUAAAGCAAGUCAGAGACUAGACUUUUGACGCAAAAAACAGUGAGGAUUACCCAGCAGACUCUCACGCUUAUUAGGAAGAGAUCAAGGCAAGAAUUCAGUACCCUAAUAGACAGCUGUUCUCCCUCAUUGAACUAGACUACGAUGGAAAUAUUUAAGAGAAAUGCAGAUUCCUCUUUGAUUUAAAGAUAGGCUAGCAGUUGUUCGUCAGCUACCCUUACCUACUCAUGAUGGACAAUGAGUGCACUAAAUUCUACAUCUUGCAAAGUGUAGGCGAUAGCGAUGGCAAGUUUAAAAAUCCAAAGUUUGAUAACACAUUCUAUGAACUUUAGAUGCUAGUAGGAAGGCCCACCUACUUCUCACCCAAUCUACUUUAUAGAAUCUACAUAGAUAAGGAGACUUAAUAAGUAGUCAUUGGAAACACUUUGAUGAACACCGAGUGUUUGAGAAUAGAUCUGAAAGAUAACUUGAUGUAUUAGGCUAUGCAAACUAAUCCCAUGAUCUACUUCCAUGAUGACGACAAAAUAGUGUACUUAACAGUCCAAGGCAUUGAAAAGGUCAUUGAGAUUGUAAAGAUUCAAAAGAAGCGUAGGACUCUUUAUGAGCUCAAGGAGACUGCUAACUGCUACUACAGUAAGAAGGAACUGAUCAGAAGAGUCUUGAUAGAUAACUUUAACUUCAAGAAGGAUCUUUCAGCUCAGAUCAAGCAUCUUAAAAUGCUGUAGAUUAGAGCAACCAUUGUCAAGAGAGGUCUGAUGCUAAAUGAGUAUUUGCUGGAUGAUGUAGAGAAAAAGAAGACUUCAAUCAAGAGUGAGUACCCAGACAACAACAUAGGCAACUUCAGUGUGUUCCUAGUUGACUGCUUCAGAAGAGAACUCAACUUCAGUUACUUGGCUUGGAAGGUCAUUGAACAAAUCAAAAACAAAAAGCUCAGUAUCCUCAACUUGAAAAAGAAAUAUGUUAAUCUAUUGACAUUCACUAUUCUGCCCAAUCAAGAGAAUAUUCUUCAUUACCUGAAUGACAACUUUGAAGAGUUAGAGAACUUCUUAAAGAUCAUCAACGAAGUGCCUCCAGUUAAAAUUGGUGCUAAGUACAAAAAGAAGGUAGAGGAGGACAUUACAGUCAACGACAUUCCAUUCCUACCUAAUGUGCAUGGCUAGACCCCGCUCCAUAUAUCAAUCAAAAAGAACAACACCAGAUUUACAGAUAAGAUUGUGACUGUGCUAGCUGACACUGAAUUCGAUCAUCACAGCAGAUUUAUCAUCAACCAGCUUCACAAAUUGGUCGACCAGGUACCUUAGGCUCUUGGUUACUAUCUAGAGAAGAGACAGAGAACUACAGAUUGGAUCAAGCACUACACUAGAGGCAAAAUUUAGCCAGUCCCUGAGUGCGAGUUCAUGAUGGCUUCAAACAGCAUGUGGGAUGAAAACCUUGAAGAAUCACUGCCUGCCAUCAUGUUCAAUGAGGAGGUCAUUGAAAUGCCACUGUAGAUGAGCGUGCUUGACUUGCCAAACAUGCAGAAAUAUGAUAACAAGAACGCUGACAAGCUGCUUAUCACUCUGUCUGAAACAGACAACAUUGAUUUAUUCGCUAGUGCCUCUAUCAGAGCAAUUAUUGAAUUGAAAUGGCCUCUGGUCAAGAAAGCAAUGAAGAAAUAUCUGCUCUAUCCAUUCCUGCUUAUGCAUUUCUCAUUCCUUUACUAUGCGGUUUACUUGUUCGAAUCUCUGUAAGAAUCUGAAGGGAAGAAAGAGGAUAUUGGUUGGGACUUUUAGAACCCAAAAUUCUGGAUUCAAAAUCAGAAGCAACUGAUUAAGCUCCUGAUUCUUUUCCUUGCUGUCUAUUUCUUCGUCUUGAAUUUCAGACAAUUCGUAAUCCAAGGCUUCAAAAAGUAUUUCACUAGCCCCUGGAACUACAUUGACUUGAUCCCCCUAACAAUGAUCACCUGCUCUAUGUCGAUUGAGUAUUUCUUUAAUUUUCCAACUACUGAGAGAGCUAUUAACUCCGUCUCAGUGUUCUUCAUGUGGCUCAAAUGUCUCUAUUUCCUCAGAAUGAACAGAACCUCAUCCAAAUUUAUCAGUAUGAUCGUGGCUGUUAUUGGUGACAUGCAGAUCUUUUUGGCUGUGUUUAGUGUAUCACUGAUUACAUUCUCCCAGAGCAUGUUUAUUAUCUCAAACAACAACCCUGAGGAUGACAAAUUUAUCGCAACCUUCCCAGAGUCCUUACUUUUCACUUACAGAAUUGCGCUUGGUGAUUUUGAAACUGAUAAACUUGGAAGCACUGACACUGCAAUCAUUAUGUUCUUAUUCAUAUUAUCAACUCUCUUCCUUUGCGUUGUCAUGCUUAACUUGCUCAUUGCCAUUAUUUCUGACACUUAUGCCAGAGUAGAAGGUACUAGUUAAAACGAGCUAUAUAAGAAUUUGGCUGAUCUUAUUAUGGAAAAUGAGUAUCUUGUUCCAAAAGGUUAAUAAGACGAGCAUGACAAUAAGGGAUCCUAUUUGUACAUCGCACAAAUAGAUGCUAAUGAAGCCACCUAGGAUAAGUGGGAGGUUGUUAUUUCAGACCUUCACAGAUCCACACUCUAAAGAACAUCUAUUGUUGACAAAACUUGCAAAGAGUUGGCUAAGCAGUUGACACUCAUACUUCAACAAACUAAAGAAAAGUUUGAAAUGCAAUAUCAAGAGGAGCAAAGCAAGAAUGAUACAAAGUUCAGAACGCUAAUGAAGAAAAUAGAGAAGUCUAACCCUAGAACAAGUCUCUUAGGAGGUGAAGAUGUUGCUCUCACUUUAGGCAGAUUAUAGUCUUAAUUUGACUAUGAUAACGUUUCGCAAGCAUAAACCAGAUUAAAUGCUCCUAAAUUAGCUAAUAUUCCUUCAAGAAAGCAGAGAAGAUCAGCUAGACCAGCUUCUAACUAAAUGAGAGAUGGUGACAGAAGCCAUGACUCUCAGGCUCAAGCUUGA